GGCCUCUCUACUUUUGAUAUUUACCAAAGGUUGUUGAAGGGCACCCAAUUCAAAUGGUACUUUCCUAAUGAUGCUAAGGUUGGUGAUGAUGGUUGGCAGCAAUGGAACUCAGUUUCACACGUAGUGGGAUCGUUGUUCUUGGGGUUGAUGUAUGGGAUUAGCUUAUAUAUACGAAGCAACACGGCCUUAAUUCUCCGUGGCACUUCUAUAGAGGGUUACUUCGUUGAUGCACCUAGUAGAGGAGUACAGAUUUUUUGUGUUACAAUAACAGGUAUGUAUAAAUCGGUACAUUUAUGAUACUAUGGUCAAAAUAAAAAUUAUGCUUGGGAAUUUGUUUUGAGAAAAUAGAGCAUUUGCACAUUGCUUAAAGUAUGUUCCAUCUACUGUUUCUUAUUUCAAUAGAAAAUGAAAUGCUUAAAAGUAAAAAAUAAAUUAUAGAUUCAACAAAUAGCAAAGAACAAAAGAAAAAUAAAUAAGCAUUAAUCAAACCAAGUUUUAAUAAAUAAUAUAUACAUAUCGGUGUGGAUUGAUUCUUUUACUUACUUUUUCUUGGAAAAUAGGGAUUAUAUUAGCUCGAACACUUUUGGGGAUAUCUUGUUUGGCUCUUCUUAUUAUACGGAAAUUAAGAAAAAGACAUUUGUCGGUAGAUGAUUUGAUUGAGAACUUUCUUUAAAGUCAAACAAAUUUUAUGCCUAUAAGAUAUUCAUAUACUGAAUUAAAGAGAAUAACAAGAGGUUUCAAGGAUAAAUUAGGCCAGGGAGGUUAUGGUACUGUGUUUAAAGGCAAACUUCGAAGUGGUAAUCUCGUUGCAGUAAAAUUGCUAAAAGAAUCGAAAGGUAAUGGCCAAGAUUUUAUCAAUGAAGUUGCAACUAUUGGAAGGAUUCAUCAUGUGAACGUGGUGCAACUUAUUGGAUUUUACGUGGAGGGAAAAAAACAAGCUCUUGUUUACGAUUUCAUGACAAAUGGGUCUUUAGACAAAUUUAUAUCUUCAACAGGAAAUAGCAGCUUGAGUUGGCAAAAGAUGUUUGAGAUUGCGAUUGGAGUGGGUCGGGGUAUUGAAUAUUUACAUAAUGGUUGUGCUAUGAAGAUUUUGCAUUUUGAUAUCAAGCCACAUAACAUUCUUUUAGAUGACAAUUUUAAUCCAAAAGUUUCAGAUUUUGGUCUCGUAAAAUUGUAUCCAGUGGAUGAUAGUAUUAUUUCUCUCACAGCAGCACGUGGUACAUUUGGAUAUAUGGCUCCUGAAUUGUUUUAUAAAAAUAUUGGAAAUAUCUCGUAUAAAGCUGAUGUUUAUAGUUUUGGAAUGAUGCUAAUGGAAAUUGUGGGAAGGAGAAAAAAUUUAAAAGAUUCUGUUGACCAUUCAAGCCAAAAUUAUUUCCCUACAUGGAUUUAUGAUCACUUUGAAUUAAGGGAGAACAUGAAGCUUGAAGACUUGAGUGACAAUGAAAACAAAAUUGUGAGGAAAAUGAUAAUUGUUGCCUUUUGGUGCAUACAGACGAAGCCCAUAUAUCGUCCUUCAAUGACCAAAGUUUUGAAGAUGCUUGAAAGUGAAGAUGAACUCCUUGAAAUACCUCCUAAGUCUUUAUUAUUUUCUAUAGACCUGUCAAGUAGUAAUUAGUAAUUAAGAAUUCAAUAGAUAUGAGAAUAUAAUGUAUUGCAAGCUAUGCAAUGUUUCCAUGGUCUUAUUUAA